GGCUGUUGCUGUUGGAAAGUUGGAACGAUUGAGUUGUCCCUUCGCAGAGCGCGUAUAGUGGAUUCGGUGCUUCGAUGGCUCGCUCGGGGACCGUGAGCCCGAUGUGUACUCCGAUCUCGAGAUCGUAGAGAUGAACUCGUGGACCGUGAAAUGGAGAUGCAAAACCAGGCUUGAAUAGGUCCUCGCUAUCAACGAUUCAACAUGGGGGAGCUCGGCUACGUCGUAAAACUCGCCGCUGGAUCGAGGGCUCUGGUAAUCGUUUUGCAGUUCCUAUGCAAUCACUUCGUUCCAGAUCAUGAGGCCGAUGCUUUCCGUUCACCGCUAGUCAAGCUUGAACAAGCUCGAUGGAGCUCUGGAGACAAUCUUGUGCACUAUUUAUUCGAGGGUCUCAACCGGUGGGAUUCCCAAUAUUUCACUCACAUCGCUCAGUUCGGGUACACGUACGAGCAUUUGGUCGCCUUCUUCCCGUUCCUCCCGUGGUUGAUGGCCCUCACUAGUCAAAUACUUCAAGACAUCUUCGGAACUGUUCUCAACCCAUCUAGUUGGAUCCUCAUAUCGGGCGUUUUGAUAUCAAACAUCUCAUUCGUUCUGUCCGCGGUCGUCCUGUAUCAUCUGACUCGACUUCUAUUCAUAGAUCGGCAUUUCCCGUUAAAAGUCACUCAGCUUUAUUGUUUCAAUCCCGCGUCGAUUUUCUUUUCAUCCUGUUACACGGAAUCCCUUUUCGCCUUCCUGACUUAUUCAGGACUUUUCUUACUCGAAAAAGAUUUCGAUACGCUUGCGACGAUCUUCUUCGCGGCGAGCAGUAUCACACGUUCAAACGCCACGCUGAUCCCGAUAUUCUACUUGUUCAAAAUUCGUCAGCGCUUCAACCGAGGAAAAUAUUAUUUCGGCCUGAUCAUGCGCAUGGUCUUAGCAUGUGCUGGGAACGUAGCUGUUCAACUGUACUUCUGGGAGAGGUUCUGCUUCCCUCACCCGAGGACCCAAUUCCCGGAGGCCGUGCAUACGUAUGCCGAUCGCCUAAAUUACAAAAUCGUCGGCGACGAGGCGCUCGAGUGGUGUUUCAACCUGAUCCCGUUGUCCUACAGCUACGUGCAGGCGAAAUACUGGAACGUGGGUCUGCUGAAGUAUUGGGAGAUGAAGCAAAUGCCGAACUUCGUUCUCGCGAUGCCGAUCCUCGUCCUGAUCUCUCACUUCUGCCGGAGCGAGCAUUACCGGCGUCUACAGCGUUACUGCGUCCACGCGGUGAUCCUGUGUUGCAUUUUCGUAUUCUUCGCCAAUGUACAGGUAUCGACGAGAGUUAUCAUGAGUGCGACUCCGUUGCCGUUCUGGGCGGCUGCCUCCGCCAAGAACCCGACACUGGUCUGGGCUUACUUCAUCUGGUACUUUUUCGUGGGUAUUUUCCUGCACUCGAAUUUCUUGCCUUGGACAUGAGGCGUUCGCUGUCAACUAGACCAGGGAGCAACCGACUGGCGUCUCAGUGUCGCGAUCGAGUGUUCUCGGAUACGACGAGAGUUGAAGUCCGCAUGUCGACUGCGAGUGAACUCAAAGAGGACAAUGUAAACUGCAAUGUGAAUUCCAAGUGCACAGCUAUCCCCUUGACACUCUCAGCGCGAGCUUCAAGCUCUACGAAACCGAUGGAUGAGCCUCGGAUUCCGACCGGAAUGGGCAAGAUCUUAGAUGAAUAUGAUGUACCCCAGUACUGGGAAUGUAGGGUAGUUCGAGGAAGGCAGCACGUAGGAAUAAAGAAACCAAAUCAAGGGUGAACCUCAUGGGCGAU